AUGCUCGCGGCUUUGGGCUCCCUGGCAGCUGGUCUCUGGGCUAGGUUCCACUUCCGGACUCUUCUGCUGGGUGCCGUCGCCUUUCUGUUCUUUGUUGAUUUCCUCAAAAGGCGGCGCCCAAAAAACUACCCACCCGGGCCCCCAAGUCUGCCUUUCGUUGGCAACUUCCUUCAGCUGGACUUUCGAGAGCCACAUCUAACGCUUCAGCGGCUUGUAAAGAAAUAUGGGAACCUGUUUAGCCUGGACUUGGGGAACAUCCACAGUGUUGUUGUAACUGGAUUGCCAUUAAUCAAAGAAGUCCUUGUCCACCAGGACCAAAACUUUGUGAAUCGCCCCAUGACUCCUCUGCGAGAGCAUGUCUUUAACAGAAAUGGAUUGAUCAUGUCCAAUGGCCAGGAAUGGAAGGAGCAAAGAAGGUUUGCCCUGACAACACUAAGGAACUUUGGUUUAGGAAAGAAGAGCUUAGAAGAACGUAUUCAGGAGGAGGCCUGCCACUUCGUCAAGGCAAUAGAACAGGAGAAAGGACAGCCUUUUGACCCUCACUUCAAGAUCAACAAUGCAAUUUCCCAUAUCAUAUGCUCCAUUACCUUUGAGCGCUUUGAAUACCAGGAUGGUCAGUUUCAGGAACUGCUGAAGUUGCUAGAUGAAAUCGUAUGUCUGGAAACUGGAAAGUGGUGCCAGCUCUACAGUGUCUUUCCAUGGAUAAUGAAAUUCCUUCCUGGACCUCACCAAACAGUCUUUAGAGACUGGGAGAAAUUAAAAAUGUUUGUUUCUCGUAUGAUUGAAAAACACAAGAGAGAUUGGAAUCCUGACAAACCAAGGGACUUCAUUGAUGCUUACCUCAAAGAAAUGGCAAAGUAUACAGGCAAUGCGACUUCAAGUUUCCAUGAAGAAAACCUUAUCUGCAGCACACUGGAUCUUUACAUUGCUGGAACAGAGACAACUUCUACUAUGCUGCGCUGGGCUCUUCUUUACGUGGCCAUCUACCCAGAAAUCCAAGAGAAAGUACAAGCAGAGAUCGACAGAGUAAUUGGCCAAUCACAGCAGCCCCGCACCACUGACCGAGAGCACAUGCCCUACACCAAUGCCAUCAUCCAUGAGGUGCAGAGAAGGGGCAACAUCCUCCCCCUGAAUCUGCCCAGGGAAGUGACGUUUGAUACCACUGUGGCUGGAUACUACCUGCCAAAGGGGACCAUGGUCCUGAUCAACCUGACUGCACUGCACAGUGACCCCACAGAGUGGGCCACCCCUGACACAUUCAAUCCGGAGCAUUUUCUGGAGAAUGGACAGUUUAAGAAAAGGGAAGCCUUUCUGCCUUUUUCAAUAGGAAAACGGUCUUGCCUUGGAGAACAGUUGGCCAGGGCUGAGCUUUUUAUUUUCUUCACGUCCCUUGUACAAAAAUUUACCUUCAGGCCCCCAGCCAGUGAGAAGCUGAGCCUGAAGUUCAGAAUGGGUGUCACCAUUUCCCCUGUCAGCCACCAGAUCUGUGCAGUUCCUCGGGCGUGA